CGUUUUUACCACUUUGAAGAUUGAAAAAAAAAAUGAUUUUAUCCAUAGUAUGGAUUAUACCAUCGAUUACAUUCAUAAUAAUGAUAAUGACUAUUAUUAUUGUUUGUGCUGGUUGUCAAUCGCCUGGUGGUACUGGUGAUGAAUAUUCUGAAACAAUUUAUAUCGAUCGUAAACAUCUACAAUUUCCACAUAAAUUGAAAAUGAUCAAUAAAAUUAGUGGUGGUGGUAAAAAUGAUGAUAAUUCAUCAUCAACAAAUAAACGACAAACAUUAUCUAAACAACAAUCAUCAUUAAAAUGGAAACAUUCAUUAAAAAUUCGUCCAUCGGGUAGUUUAUUACCACCAUUUAUAAAUCCAAAUAAUCAUUCGCCUUCGAAUUCUUCUUCAAGAAAAUUACAACAACAACAACAACAACAACAACAAGAAAAUAAUAAUAAUUUAUCAUUACAACAACAACAACAACAACAACAACAACGUCCAACAUCAUCAUAUAUGAUUUAUUCAAAACAACAACCACAAGAAUCAUCAUCGAUACAAGAACAAGCAUCAAGUACAAUUGUAAAAUCAUCCGGUUCAGGUUAUUAUAAUAUUUUAAUGAAACAAAUUAAAGUUAAAUCAGUUUCACAAUAUGGAAAAAUGUUAUUAACGAAAAAAUUGUUCCAGAUGGGUCGAUCAACCAUCAAUCAAUCAAUAAUGACGUUUGAAAAACGUCAACUACAUUCAAAUCGUGCAUCGAUUUGCCGUUUGAAACAAAAUCCAAAUGAAUAUCAAAGAUUAUAUCCAGUAUGGAUAAUAUACCGAGAUGGAUCAGCCGUAUUAGUACGUCAUCAUGUACCACGUGAAUUAAUAAAAUUACCAUUAAAAUUAGAAGAUUGUGAAAGCGAACAAGAAAAAAUGGAAUGGCGAUCAAGACGUAAACAAAAAGAAGUGAUUCGUAUAAAAAAAGAUGAUACCGAUAUUCAAUUUGAUCGUUCACAAUAUAUUCGUAUGGCUACCACCAACAAACCACAAACGAAAUAAUCUAGAUAAUGUCGAAUCUACAAUGUCAAAUAUUUGUUUUUGUAAAAAAAUCUUAGAAUCUCAGAAUCCAAAAAAUUCUUA